CCAAAUAACACAAAAAAACCCUCAAAACACAAACCCUUUCUCACACCAGUGAAAGCUUGAACCCUCAACAAUUUCACCUCCACAAUGAGAUAAUCAACCAACAAAUCCACUCAAAUUCCACCAAAAUUAUGGUUUCGAAACACUCCGGCAAAGACAGCGAGGAUGCCGGUGCCGAAGCUGACGUCGAUGCCGUUGUUGUUUCGUCACCGAGACCGCUUCGCACCAGCGAUAGGCUCCGAAAAAGACCGAAAUCAUUCAAUCGGUUUGUGUAUCCGAAUUCGAAACGGAGUAAGACUCGGAGUAAGACACGGAGGAAGACGAAAACUAGGGCUUCAGCUGUUCAGAUUGCCAAAAGGAUGUCUGGAGACAGUAAACAGAAUAAUUCGUCUACUACAGAACAUCUUCGACGUUCCACAAGACAACGGAAAGUUCCGGCAGGUCUUGACGGCUACACAGAUGACAGUAGUGAGGAUGAUGACUUAAUGGGUCCCAAGUACCAAGUUUCUAGAAGCCGGAAUUCUAGCAGUGCUAGACAUAAAGAGAAGUUUUCGCCACGUGAUGAAAAUUAUGGAAUGAGAUCACGUCUCCGUCCUCGUUCUAAUACAGGUUCAAGAAAACUAAUUCUUGAAUCAGAGGACGGAGGAGAUGGUUAUGAGGAGGAUAACGGUCAAAACGCAACGGAAAAUGGCAAUGAGAUUGAGGAUAACGACGCGGAUGACGGUGAAAGCGAGGAGGGCGGUGCUGAGGGUGACGGUGAUGAUGAAGGUGAAGGCGAAGAUGAAGGCGAAGAUGAAGGCGAAGAUGAAGACGAGGAAGACGGUGACGAUGAAGACGUUGAAGAAGAACAGGACGGUCGGAGACGAUACGAUUUAAGAAACCGCGCAGAGGUCCGACGGUUAUCCAUCGAAGAAGGUAAACAACGACCACGAUCUCCGAGAAGAGUACUUCAACAAGGAGUAGGUACAAAACACAGUCGGGACGUUAGAAGAGGUGGGUCCCGAGUUCAUAAACGCCAUCGGAUAUCACGUGCCGACGAUUCAGACGAUUCACUUCUCGUCGAUGAGCUGGACCAAGCCAUGCCUAUGCCAUGGUCACGUGGGGCGAGCCGGUCCGGUGCACCACCGUGGCUUUUAUCCGGACCAGAUAUGCACGGGACAUCGGCUUGGGGGUUAAACAUUGCUGCAUCCGGUUGGGGUCAUCAGGGUGACGUUUUGGCUAACCUAGCUUCCGGUGUUCAAACCGCGGGGCCCAGUUCCAAGGGUGGGGCCGACAUUCAACCGUUACAGGUUGAUGAAAGUGUAAGUUUUGAUGACAUCGGUGGGCUUUCGGGCUAUAUCGAUGCUUUGAAAGAAAUGGUCUUUUUCCCGUUACUGUACCCUGAUUUUUUCGCUAGUUACCAUAUUACCCCUCCGAGAGGCGUGUUGUUAUGCGGUCCACCUGGCACUGGGAAAACACUCAUCGCACGCGCUUUAGCUUGUGCAGCUUCGAAAGCCGGACAGAAAGUAAGCUUCUAUAUGCGAAAAGGUGCUGACGUGCUUAGCAAAUGGGUUGGUGAAGCCGAACGACAAUUGAAGAUGCUGUUCGAAGAAGCUCAAAGGAAUCAACCAUCUAUAAUUUUUUUCGACGAAAUUGACGGUCUUGCCCCUGUUAGGUCAAGUAAACAGGAACAGAUUCAUAACUCCAUUGUUUCAACGCUACUUGCUUUAAUGGACGGUCUCGAUUCACGGGGUCAGGUCGUUUUAAUCGGUGCAACCAACAGAAUUGACGCCAUUGAUGGAGCAUUAAGACGACCCGGUAGAUUCGAUCGUGAGUUUACGUUUCAGUUACCCGGUUUCGACGCACGUGCGGAAAUACUAGACAUUCAUACUCGAAAAUGGAAACGACCUCCGUUAAAGGAGUUAAAACUAGAGCUUGCUGCUAGUUGUGUCGGCUAUUGUGGUGCUGAUUUAAAAGCUCUCUGUACCGAAGCCGCAAUUCAGGCUUUUCGCGAAAAAUAUCCUCAGGUUUACACUAGUGACGAUAAGUUUCUUAUCGACGUUGAAUCGGUUGAAGUUGAAAAGAAACAUUUUAUGGACGCUAUGUCAACAAUAACUCCAGCUGCACAUAGAGGCGCAAUUGUUCAUUCUAGACCGUUAUCUCCAGUUGUUGCACCGUGUUUACAACGGCAUCUUCAGAAGGCAAUGAGUGUUAUAUCCGAUAUUUUUCCCGCUCUUGAUGUUUCGUCUGAAUCCAAGAAAUUAUCUAUGCUUGUUUGCGGUUUUGCUCUUCCUCUUGUGUACAGACCGAGGCUUUUGUUGUGUGGCGCGGAGGGUGCCGGACUGGAUCACUUGGGACCUGCUAUCUUACACGAACUGGAAAAGUUUCCGGUUCAUUCUCUAGGGCUUUCAUCUCUUCUCUCUGAUCCGAGUGCUAAGACACCAGAGGAAGCUUUGGUACAUGUGUUUGGUGAAGCAAGGAGAACUACACCUUCUAUACUCUAUUUACCUCAAUUCCAUCUUUGGUGGGAAAAUGCACAUGAGCAACUUAGAGCUGUGCUGUUGACAUUAUUGGCAGAGCUGCCAUCGGAUUCUCCUAUACUACUUCUUGGAACGUCCUCACUUCAGCUCGAUGAGCUUGAUGGGGACCCGUCUUCUGUGUUCCCUUCACGUAACAUCUACCAGAUGGACAGACCAUUAAUGGAAGAUAGAAGUAUGUUUUUUGACCGUCUGAUUGAAGCUGCUUUGUCAAUAUCAUCAGAGGGACCCAAAAGCAAGUCCCAGAAGUCGGCUGCUGUUCCCGAACUCAGCAAGGCACCAAAGGUAGACACGGGUCCCAAGGUCUCCGAACUAAAAGCUAAAGCAGAAGCCGAGGGUCAUGCUCUCCGAAGACUGAGAAUGUGCCUCCGUGAUGUUUGCAACCGGGUUUUGUAUGAUAAGCGUUUCAGUGCUUUUCACUACCCCGUGUUGGAUGAAGACGCCCCGAACUAUCAUGCGGUUAUUCAAAACCCAAUGGAUAUGGCUACCCUUCUACAACGUGUUGAUGCCGGAAAAUACAUAACUUGCAAGGCCUUCUUAGAAGAUUUUGAUCUCAUUUUGGCAAAUGCAAAGAUAUAUAACAGGGAUGAUUACAAUGGAGCUAGGAUUGUCAGUAGGGCUUACGAACUUCGAGAUUCGGUUCAUGGGAUGCUAUCGCAGAUGGACCCCGCAUUGGUCGCUUUCUGCGAAAAGAUUGCUGAAAAUGGUGGCCCGGUGUCUUUGCCUGAAGAUGUAGCGGGAUCUUCUUUCCAGGAUGUUCCGGUUGUUCAGAUGGCAACUACGACUAGGGCUAGCGCACGUCUUCGUCAUGUCCAGCCCGAAGUUAAUUUAGAUCAAAGCUAUGUAGCACUAAAACGACCCAAGAAGACCGCUGAUCCUUCACAUACAGCUUCAACAGCCGAAGAAGGAUCUCAACAGCCUCAAGAACCAGCAGCCGAAGUUCAAGAUGAUCCAAACCCUGGUGAAAGCUCACCGCCUGUUUGCAUUGACGUCAACACUCCUUCCAACGAGGUUACCGAACCAAAAUCACAAGAUACCAUCAUGGCAGAUGUUGAAAGUGACGGCAAAAUAGAAUCCGCAAAGAAGCUGUUGUUGGAGCGCACUACCGAUUAUGGGAUUCCAGAGUUAGAAAGGCUGUAUACCCGAAUUGUAAAAGGUGUAUUUGAGUUGAAAAAUGUUGAAACCGACAAUCUCAAGCCCGCUGUUUCAAACUUUCUGCUACGCUUCGCUGAAAACGAGGCUAAUUUUUAAAGCGAACCAUCAUUUUUUCUUUCUUGCUGGUUAGAUUUUGCAUGUUUUAACAGACAAUUGGAAAUUUUUAAUAUGAAUCCAAUCCGAAGUGGGAUAUUACAAUUACUACAUUUUGUCUUUUGACUUCUCAUUCAUUAUUAAAUUUAUGG